AUGAACGUAGCUGACGAUGGAACCAAAUGGACAAAAACACCGGACCUUUCGGCGCAAGGGCGCUGGUUUCGCGGACCAUCGUUCCUGUGGGAAUCGGAGGAUGCGUGGCCUGCUCGCAUCGCAAUGGAACGAGACACCACGGAAGAACUUCGAAGGACUGUUCACCAUCAUCAGGCCGUAGAACCGCUUAUUCUCCUCGAGCGGUUCUCGAAAUGGAAUAGGGCGCUACGGACCGUAGCGUACGUGAUUCGCUUCGUGGCGAACAGCCGUCGCCGCAUCAAGAAGGAAGGUACGGUGAUUGGGCCGCUGUCAAAAGAGGAACUGGCGGAAGCGGAACACGUGUUAAUCCGGACUAUACAGCGCAGAGCUUAUGGCCGGGAAAUCGCUAGUCUGCAAAAACGAUCGACGCAGAGACACCCGUGGCGAAAAGGGAUCGAUAAAAACAGCAGCAUCUACAAACUCUCACCUGUCCUGGACAACCAAGGGAUACUGAGAGUGGGGGGACGGUUGACAGCGUGCUCGGGCAUCAACGAAUCCUCCCGGAACCCGAUCAUUCUUCCCAGACAAGAUUAUGGGACCGACCUGAUAAUUCGGGAGUAUCACGAGCGAUACAAGCACGCAAAUCACUAUACGGUCUUGAGCGAACUGAGGACGCGGUACCACAUCUCGAAGCUACUGGGAGAGUAUCGACGUGUGAGGAAAAGCUGUCAGAGAUGCAGGGUGCACAACGCGAUGCCAGAACCACCGCUAAUGGGUAACCUACCGCAACAGCGUGUCGCAUUUGCUCAGCGUGCCUUCUCGUUCACAGGUAUAGAUUAUUUCGGCCCGUUCUUAGUGUCCGUCGGCCGCAGAGUCGAGAAACGGUGGGGAGUUUUACUUACCUGCCUCACGUCGAGAGCCAUCCAUCUCGAGAUAGCGGCAUCCCUCACCACAGCGUCAUGCAUACUGGCGAUUCGACGUUUCAUCGCACGACGCGGUAUGCCACUGGAGAUAUUCAGCGAUCGCGGUACAAACUUCGUCGGGGCCUCGCGAGAACUGAAGGAAGCGUUGGAGGAGGUUGACCACGACGCGUUGAUGACGGAAUUUUGUGGCCCGCGAAUGAAAUGGACGUUCAAUCCACCUGGCGCGCCUCACUUCGGCGGCUGCUGGGAGCGCAUGGUGCGCUCCGUGAAGAAGGUUUUGAACCAAUGUGUAUUCCCCAAACGCCCUACGGAUGAAGUACUCCUUUCAACCUUCACGGAAAUCGAGCUGAUCGUUAAUUCGAGACCACUCACCUACGUGCCAUUGGAAGAUGAAACGGCCGAGCCUUUAACGCCGAACCACCUGCUCCUCGGAAGCUCUGAUGGGAGCAAACCGCCAGCCGUUUACUGCGACAGUCCCGCAGCCUUGAGAUCAUCGUGGAGAGCAGCACAACAGGCAGCGGACUUAUUCUGGAAGAAAUGGGUUUCCGAAUACUUACCUACUCUUACUCGUCGGACCAAGUGGUUCGAACCGGUACGGCCAAUCGAGAUAGGGAAUUUGGUCGUGAUAGCGGAUAACAAUCUGCCUAGGAAUUGUUGGCCAAGAGGACGUAUUGUAUCGGUUGUCCCUGGCAAGGAUGGACAGGUCAGACAGGCGACAAUUGAAACCACCAGCGGAACGUACGUAAGACCUGCACACAAAAUAGCAGUCUUGGACGUUACAGCCUAG